AUGUCAUCUGAACUUGAAGUAUUAAUCACUGAGCUUGAAGCUAAGAAAACUGAUGAGAAAGUUAGGCUUGAAGCAUUGAGACAGAGCUUUGCUGAGCUUGAGGCUAGAAUUUUAAAACUAGAGCAGGAUCAGGCAAAAAGAGAAUCUAAGAAAAAUCGCAAAUUCCAGACUAGAUGCAUCCAGAUAGCUAAGGAAAUUCUUAAUGAACCUAUGAUCGAAUAUCACCCUUCUUUCUUGAAUGGAUUAGAGCUUGAUGCUUCCUUCCAAAAACAUCAAAUUGUGUUGGAAGUGCAAGGGGCUCAGCAUCGUUUUCAUAGCACUAGCUGGUAUAAGGAUGUUAAGAAACUCAAAGACAUCAUUAAUCGUGAUCGGCAAAAAAGAUGCAUGUGUCAAGAUAAUGGAAUCUUCCUGCUUGAGGUAUGGUAUGAUGAAAACCCAGAAAUUGUUAUCCCCAAAAGAAUACAAAAAAUUAAGAGUUUCAUUGAUCGACUUAUAGUCAAUUCAUAA